AUGGCGAGCCCGCUUCCACCCCUACCGUUUAACCCGGGGCGAUUACGUUCAUAUAUACUUCGUUUACCACUAUUUACACGCGUUGUCAUCUUCGUCAUUGCAGUAUUUUGGGUCUUGGGCAUUCAGUCGCUAUGGGAUGUGGUACAAUGGGGUGCCCUGAUACCCAGCGAGACCGGAUUCGGAUCGCUGUACCGGCUCAACACCUAUCCGUUUAUUCACAAUGGGUUGUUCCACACUAUCUGGAAUGUCCUAGCUCUAACACCUCUCUUGGAGAGGUUUGAGGCGGAACAUGGCACCCUUACAUCCGUCGCGUUAUUUAUCGGACCACUGUCAACAUUGCCAGCGGGCCUAUACUUGCUCUUUGAAAAGGUCAUUUUAAGGGGUAACACGACUGCCUUAGGCUCUAGUGUAUGGAUAUUUUUGCUUCUCGGAAUUGAGGCAAUAAAAACAUUCCAAACGAAUCCUCAUUUUGUUAUUGGAAUAUAUAGAAUUCCCACGUGGACGACGCCAUUAUUUUUAAUAAUUUUGGUGUUUGCACUAAUCCCCAAUACCAGCCUCCUGGGCCACUUAUCUGGUCUCGCUGUUGGCUAUAUUUUUGGACUAGGAUACCUGAAGUUUCUCGUUCCGCCCGAGAAAAUCCUUCGCUGGAUCGAAAGGAAACUAAACCUUCUCGCAAGAUUACCUCACUACGUCUCGGUCGAUCAAAAAACCUAUGGAAGUCCAGCUAUCCGACUUGCAACUUCGGAGUUCAAUUCCAACAUGCGCACCCAUCCGGCCUGUACAAUUAGCUUACGGCCUCGUGAGGAUAUGAUUCCCGGAGGUCUCUCGUUCAAUGGCUUUAAUAUGCUACGCCGCGAUCCACGCCUGUUAUAUGAAUUUCCCCCGUAUAUAUCUGCCAUUCUCGUCGUGGUCGGGGUUGUUUGGCUCUUUCUCCUCCCACUUAACGAGCGCCAAACAUACAUCUCUGAAAACGCGCUUUUACCGGGGCAGGUGCACACGUAUUUCGCAGGGAGUGAGCAGAAUGUCUUUCGGGGAUAUAGACGGGAAAUCGACCUCGUGAAGGAUGCGGAGUAUGAUGUGAAGUCUAAAAAGAUCCAGUCGAUAUUUCGAGAAUCCGGUCUGAAAAUUGCAACUCAAGAUUAUGAGUAUCGGUCAGCUGGAACCACACAUCGUGGACAAAAUGUUUAUGGUGUCAUUCAUGCUCCAAGAGGAGAUGGGACAGAAGCUAUUGUUUUGGUGGCCGCUUGGGAAACCAUUGACGGCGAACCAAACCUCAAUGGCGUGACUUUGGCUCUGACCCUGGCUAGAUAUUUCAAACGGUGGUCCCUGUGGUCCAAAGAUAUCAUAAUCCUAAUUACACCAGACAGCAAAUCCGGCACACAAGCAUGGGUCGAUGCCUAUCAUGAUAUGCACCCAGCAUCCGUCCAAUCUCUUCCUCUCAAAAGUGGUGCUUUGCAAGGCGCUUUGGUUUUCGAGUAUCCCUUCGACCACAGGUUCGAAUCUAUCCAUAUCGUAUACGAUGGUGUCAAUGGACAGCUGCCAAACCUCGACUUAUUCAACACUGCCGUUUCAGUAAUCCAUGGCCAAAUGGGCAAUUCAGCAACCUUGCAGAAGAUGUAUGAGCACAGUGAUAGCUACAAAAUGCGCCUGAAAACAAUGCUUCGAGGCAUGAUAAAUCAGGGGCUGGGUAAUGCUGCUGGCGCUCAUAGCAGCUUUAUUCCUUAUCACAUUGAUGCGAUUACGAUCCAGACUAUCGGAAACGGAUGGCAGGACGAAAUGGCGCUUGGCAGGAUCGUGGAAAGUCUUGUCCGCAGCUUGAAUAAUCUCCUAGAACAUUUCCAUCAGAGCUUCUUCUUCUAUAUUCUAAUGCAGGCGAACCGGUUCGUUAGCAUUGGGACAUAUCUUCCCAGCGCAAUGUUGAUUGCAGGGAACUUCACCAUAAUGGCUGUUGCUCUAUGGAUGAAAAGUGGAGUUCGUCCUUCCGCAGGCACAAACGCAGGAUUGGAGGAUUAUGUUUCCAAGAAAGGAAAAUCAAAUGGAAUGGAAAACAUCAUCGCUGAUCAGGAAGGAAAUGGCAUUCUGGAACGACAUAUGACAUUGCCACUGGCGCUGGUGUUUGGAUUGCAUCUAGUAGGAUUUAUCCCGCUCUAUGCGUUCAACAACAUGCACCAUCAAUACUUUGAACAAGCAACCUACCUACUCGUCUUUAUAAACAUCGUCCUCCCAAUACUUCUCGCUGCAAUCAUAACCCGCUGCUCCCGCCCAUCAACCCAACAAUACCUCCUCAUAAAAUCCUUCUCCCUCCUCCUCCUCGGUCUCUUCCUUUCUGCACUCGCAACCUUAAACUUCUCCCUCUCACUCAUGAUCGGCCUGUUAUGCACUCCCCUGUCCUAUAUCGUCCCGAUCCCAAACGAACCUAGCCAAAACGCAACCGCGAAUUCGAAACCAUCAGCUUCUACGGACAAGGCCAGAGAAAAGCCAACAAAUUCAACCUCAACGUCAGUGACGACUAUCCUCCUCACCCUGUUCAGUCUAAUCUUCAUGAAUCUACUUUCCCCCACUGUAAUUCUGUUGGUUGCAUGUCACUACUGGCAGAUUCCGAUAACGACCUUGUUGACUGAGGCGGUGUUCGGAUGGGACGUAUGGGGGGUGUGGACUCAGGUAGCCUUCUGGUAUUCUGGUGGUUGA